AUGGAGACUACCUCCCAGGAAACAUAUACAUCAAGCCAACCGAAUCACAGAUACUCACUCUCGGCUUUGAUUGAUGCCAUAGCACUGCAAGAGCAAAGUUUCGAACAAUCACUAGUGAAUCAACAGCUUUGGGCCCAACAGCUUGCUGAAGCACAGGAUGCAAAGAUAAAAGCAGCUGUUCAGCAAAUCACAGCAGGUGCGGCUGAAGUUAGUAAAAUUCGUCUAGGAAGAAACGUUGUUACACCAGAAGUGAAACUAGAAGAGUUUAACUCCGAAACGUGUAGUGGGGAAUUGGAGCCUCGAUUACAGUCUCCAUCUCAGCAUUUUUCAAGAUCAAUAUCCAGAUCUACAUCCCUCUUCCGGUAUCCAGAACCAGAAGUUCACAAGGAACAUGUAAGGUAUUCACCGGGAGAUCAUAUCAGCAAGAGGAAUCUUGGCAAUUUCAACUCCGACGCCCUAUAUGAUCAUUACAAGGGCCACGAGAGAAGCAGAAAUUAUCCUAGGUUGUCUAGAAGUCCCUGUGUUGACAGUAACCCUCACCAUGGAAGGUCUACUGAUAGCACAAAGGGUAGAGAAAGGAGAGGCGCAUCACCAUUGGAAGGAAGCUGGAAGAGGGGAAGAUCUCCAUCGAAGUCAAAGCCUCAGAGAUAUUGCCAUGAGGAUUCUUAUUAUCCAAGGUCAGACAGAUGUCAUGGUACAUUGUACGAAAGACCCGUGAAUGAUGGUAUCCCUCAUUAUAGAAGGCCUAUCGACAAUGGAAAAUGUAAAGAAGGGAGAGGUGCAUCACCUUUGGAAAGAAGCGGGAAGAGGGAAAGAUCUCCAUUUAAACCCAAACCUCAUAGUCAUGGCCAUGAGGACUCGCAUAGAGCCAAAAAUUACCAGAGGAGUCCUGGUGGCGACAGUAACCGUCGCCAUGGAAAGUCUAUUGAUAGCAGGUAUGGAGAAAAGCGAGGUGAAUCAGCCUUGGAGAUUGGCAACAGUCACAGGAGUAGGCAUAUCUUGGUAGAAAACCAAAACGAUGGUCGCCGAAACGACUGUGAUGAUGAGACGGGCGGAAAGAAUGAAUGCAGGAGUAAGCGAACCGUGGAUGCCAACAGUCGGAAGUACACUUCUGAAACUCUGAAUGCAAAAGCACCACGCUUAGCCUCUGUUCGUGCCAACAAUCCUCGAGAGCAUCCAGCUUAAAUCGUUUUAAAGCAACUUCUCGUUCCCAAAUGAAAUUCAGUCUUCCUAGUGUAGGUAAA